AUGAAUAAUUCUCCAAGCGAAUUUGAUUAUCACAAAGCAAUAUUGUCAUCUAUAAAACGACUUAACAAUGCUACCAAGAACUUUCCAGGUCGUAUAAAUCCGGAUGACGUGUUUGUUACGAACGACCAACGAUAUUACAUGUACGAAAUUGUAAAGACUGAUCCGGAGUCACUUAAUAAUACAAUCCGUCAAUUCAUUCAUUUCAUAAAUGACAUUAAGUUGACAGGAGAAAUAAAUAUUUCACAAUUACAUGAAAUGUUUACGGAAAAUUUGAUUAGGGCUUAUUCUAAUCUACCAGGAGGUAGUGACGAUGAUGAUGAAUGGCUUAGUCAAAAUAGUGGAACUUUUUUACCUUCUCCACCAAUAUUUUCAUCCCAAAAAUCAUUAACUUCUCCAAAAUCAAAAAAUUUAUUAACCUCACGCCCAAAAAUUGAACCGAAGAUUGAAAAUCCUUGGGUCACACAAUAUUACACGUCAACGGAAUUGCCAAAAGAAUACAAAAAUUAUAUCGGAGGAAUAACAUUCUUAGGUAUAUAUGAGAUCACCCGUAUUUUAAAACCCUUUGGUCCAAUUGAACCAUCGGGCAAGUUCUGGAACAAAAUAGUAGCUGGCUCAGCGAUUCAUGAGGUUCUUUAUGAAGAAUGUAAACUAUAUUUUGAAAAAGACCCAAACUUUUACGCUGAAAUGACACAAAUAAUAAAUAGAAAUCUUUCACGUGUUUGGACUCUGAGUUCAAAGGAAUUUUCUUCAGUUGGUCCUAGGUCUCAUAUAUUAUUUUCGGGAGAAGUAGACAUUAAAGAUCGUCGGCUGGUUUUAACAUUACUUCCUCCGAAGAUUGGUAUAUCGAAGAGAUAUUAUAGGAUGUUUUCAUCCGAAAGAUUCCUUCAUUUAAAGAUUAUUGCGGAUAUAAACUCUUUAGACAACAAACAAAAGUCUAAUUUGAAAAGAUCAUUACUACAACCUUUAUCGUUGGCAGGGAGAACUUAUGAAUUCUUAUAUGCAAAAUCUGAUACAUUAUACUAUUUUGCAACGAGAGGAUUAGACAUCAUUAAAAAUAUUUCAAUUAAAGAGGUAAUCGAUUAUAACUUACCUAUAGACAUUAAUAAGAGUGAUACUACAGCGAAGUUUUAUUCACGAAUAUCACUUGGAUUUUCAAAUUCGACGUCCACGGUAAUUUUCGAACCUAAUGAAAUCCUAUACGAUGAGGAGGAUAUUAAAAACGACCAGCAUUGUUUCACUGAUGGAUGCUCAGCGAUAUCUUUAGCCGCCAUGAGGGAAGCAGCCAAAAUUUUAGGUUUUGAAGAAACACCCUCCGUUCUUCAAGGUAGAAUUGGAGGGGCAAAGGGUGUUUGGUAUAUCGAACCUAAAAGAGAUAUUAGUGGCAAAAAAUGGAUCAAGUUACGAAAGUCUCAAACAAAGUACAAUUUAAGAAAUAUAAGAGACGAAGUUCAUCUGCGAACUCUAGAAGUUUUACAUGUUGCUUUACCACCGAAAAAUCCAGCCUCACUGAAUAGUCAGUUUAUUCGAGUUUUGAUCGAAGGUGGGGUUCAUGUGGAAGUUUUCCUUGAUAUAGUGAGAAAUCACAUAAAAAAUGUUAAAUCUCAAGUGGUGGAUUGUGAUGAUCCUCAUUCUUUAAUAACCUGGGUGAUGAGCGUUUCAAAUAUCAUGACCAAGAGAAUGGAAAUGUAUAAUAAUGAUACUGAUGAUAUAUUUGGCAGCGGAGAUGCUAUAUCUGGAUUUCCAAAUAGUCCAUCUGAACAAUGUAUUCAGUUAUUACAAGCGGGAUUUACUCCUUCUACAUGUCCUUUUUUAGCAAAAAAGUUGAAGUGUGUACUCUCGUAUGUAUUAAAGUCCCAUUUUAGUAAACUGCGAAUUGAUGUGCCAUUAUCACGGACUUUGAUAUGUAUUGCCGAUCCAACUGGAACAUUAAACCCGGGAGAAAUUUUCAUUCAAUUGGAUAAGGAAGCAGGACGUGAUGAACGUACCGGAUUACCAUUUGGCAUUAUAGAGGAUGAAGUAAUAAUAGCAAGAAAUCCAUCCAAUUUACCUUCUGAUAUUGUCAGAGUUAAAGCCGUUAAAAAUGUACAUUUAAGCAUAUACUAUAACGUCGUUGUAUUCCCUAUAAAAGGUAAUAUUCCAUUAGCAUCUUAUUUAAGUGGUGGAGAUUAUGAUGGAGACAAAAUCUUUUGUUGCUGGGAACCACAAAUUGUUCAGAAUUUUAAAAAUUCACCCGUGUUACCAAUCGAUCCAAGUGUCGAAAAUGCCUUCACAGUAGACAAAAAGACUGUGGAUGAAUUACUAUCAUCUACAACACCCGAUAAAAUCGAGAUCAAGUUACAAGAAGUAAUUUUAGAUACUUAUUUUAAGGACUUGGAACCUACGUUAGGUCUAUAUGAUCGAUGGCACAGACUUCAAUCAUCAAAAUAUGGACUUUCUAAUAAAUCGUCUAUCUAUCUCGCCCAAAUGUGCGCAAAACUUGUUGAUGCUACUAAACAAGGGCUUAAUAUCAAGCCAAACGUUCUACAGUAUGAUAGUGAGUUUGGUAACCUUCCUGUUCCUUAUUGGAUGGACAAGAACAAGGACAGUAAAAGUCGAAACAGAGAAUCUCAUUUAGGAGUGAUGGAUUUACUAUGCAAGUCUAUCGAAAAUGAGAUGAAAGAAAUCAAUAGCAAAGAUUUCUUAAUAGCCAAGAUGACAAAGGACCCGGAUCCUCACAUUAAAGAGUUUUGGUUUAAUGAGCUAACUAGGGCCGAACAAAUGAAUAGAGAAGAAGGGUUAGCGUAUAAAGAAGAUCUGGAUCUAAUUUAUAAAAAGUCUUUUGAAAUGAUUUCUUUAUAUAAUAGUAAUUAUUAUGAAAUUUUCAAUGAUGAUUUGGAACGAAAAGAUUUUCCUUUUGGACAAGCAACACAAACGACCAAAUCGACAAGUUCAUCUUCCAAAUCCAAGAUGAAUGAUAAGUUUAAAGGAGUAGAUUAUGAAUUUAUACUUAAAUUUCUAAACACUCCAUCAGUCGAUAAAUACAAAAGUAAUAUUUUUAAAUAUUUAAAAGAUAGAGGUCCAUUGACUCCCGAUAACCUAGAUCCACUAUCUAUGUUUGAGCUACAAUUAAAAGCUGCAGCACUUCAUCUAGCUUCUAUUGGGAAAAAACCUACCGGACAAGGUUGUUGGGUCAUUGCAUUUCGGAUACUAUGUAAUAUCAAAUCUCAGAUGAUAGACAGAUUUGUAGUUGGAGGACCAAGGACUAUUAUUGAAGAAGUAUGGCAGUCGAUGAAGGUCGACAAAAAAUGGGUGAAUCACUAG